UGCUUCUUUAGCCACUAGCUACCACCGGGGACUGGUUCUGCUCUUCUCCUAAUCGGCUAAUCGUGCUCUCAAGCGGACUCUCUGCACCUAAAAUGCUGUCGUCGCUAUUAACUCUGUCUUCGUCCAUUUCCCGCCUAAAUAUUCGCCCGAAACCUUCACUUCACUGCGCCUUAUCAUCUUUCAAAACCCUCAAACCCCACAAGCAACCAAUCAGACCCAGUUGGUCACCUCGCACUUCCUCCAUCUUCUCUCUAUCUGCCCAUUUUUCCUCUUCGGAGAAUUCCAGUUCCCCCGGACGCCAGAUGCAAACUAUCGUUUCUAGAGAUGAGUUGGUUGUUCUUGGCAUCGAAACUAGCUGUGAUGAUACCGCAGCCGCUGUCGUGAGAGGUAAUGGUGAAAUUCUGAGUCAGGUGGUGUCUUCUCAGGCAGACUUGCUUGAACGGUAUGGAGGCGUUGCUCCUAAAAUGGCAGAAGAAGCACACUUGCAAGUGAUUGAUCAGGUUGUUCAGGAAGCCCUCGAUAAGGCUGAUUUAACUGCGAGGGAUCUCUCUGCAGUUGCUGUUACCAUUGGUCCCGGUUUAAGCCUUUGUCUUCGUGUUGGUGUUCAGAAAGCUCAUAAACUUGCGAGCAGCUUCAAUCUACCUAUCAUCAGUAUCCAUCAUAUGGAGGCUCAUGCUCUCGUAGCCAGGUUAAUUGAACAAGAGUUGCAAUUUCCUUUUAUGGCCCUGCUUAUUUCUGGAGGACACAAUCUGCUUAUUCUGGCUCGUGAACUUGGGCAAUAUAUACAACUUGGGACCACUAUAGAUGAUGCAAUUGGUGAAGCAUAUGAUAAGACAGCAAAAUGGCUUGGUCUAGAUAUGAGGAGAAGUGGUGGGCCAGCACUUGAGGAACUUGCUAGAGAGGGUGAUGCAGAAUCAAUCAAAUUUUCGACUCCAAUGAAGCAACAUAAAGAUUGCAAUUUCUCAUAUGCUGGACUGAAGACUCAAGUGAGACUGGCAAUUGAAUCCAGAAAUAUCAAUGCUGAAAUUCCAAUAUCCUCUGCAAGUCCUCAAGAUAGGAGCUCCAGAGCUGAUAUUGCUGCAUCUUUUCAGCGAGUUGCAGUGCUACAUUUAGAGGAGAGGUGUGAAAGGGCAAUUGAAUGGGCAAGGAAGAUUGAGCCCUCUAUAAAAUAUUUGGUGGUUUCUGGAGGCGUCGCAUCAAAUCAAUAUGUUCAAACAAGGGUUGAUCAGAUUGCAAAGAAGAAGAACCUGAAACUUGUAUGUCCUCCUCCCAGUCUUUGUACUGAUAAUGGUGUAAUGGUGGCUUGGACUGGUAUUGAGCACUACUGCAUGGGAAGAUUUGAUCCUGCACCAUCCGCAGAUAAAGCAGAAGAGUUUGUGUAUGAUCUACGACCAAGGUGGCCACUGGGAGAGGAGUAUGCUGAAGGAAGAAGCAAUGCUCGAUCUGUGAGAAGAGCUCGGGUUCAUCCAUCUCUUACAUCUUUAAUUCAAGCAUCUCUCCGAGAGCAGUGAUAUCUGCAUCUCCAAGCAGUCUGUGGAUCCUUUUAUACGGGGUCACUAGUUGAGCUCAUUUUGACUGAUGCUUGAGGACCGUAAUCGUUUGACCUUCUUAGUUCUUACCUUGAACCUGGUUUGAGGGGUAGAGAUGACAUUGUUUGCAGACCUGACACCAAUUCAGAAAGUGAUUAACCCGAACGAGUUCAUGGUCUAAGAGGAAUUGGGAAAUCAGUGAUUAGCCCGCUAGUUGGGCGCUGGGGCAUUUCUUGUAUUUAAUUGUAUACAUAGUAUGGGAUAGAAAAACAUAAGAAUUGUGAGCCAUUUCACCAAAUAUUUUAUGUUUAGAGCUAGCCAAAUAGAAUGUCUAAUUAUUAUUAUUAAACAAACAAGCAGUCAUUAUAAAUGCAGUACUAAGAGGCUGAAAAGUAAUUCUGUAAA